AUGAGAAUUCAAAUCAAAGGGGGAAUUUGGAAAAAUUGUGAAGAUGAAGUAUUAAAAGCGGCUGUAAUGAAAUAUGGAUUAAAUAACUGGUCGCGAGUAGCAUCAUUGUUAGUAAGAAAGUCAGCAAAACAAUGUAAGGCUCGUUGGUAUGAAUGGCUAGAUCCUUCUGUUAAAAAAACUGAAUGGAGUAAAGAAGAAGAAGAAAAACUUCUACAUUUGGCAAAAUUAUUCCCAACACAGUGGAGAACUAUAGCACCAAUAGUUGGAAGAACUGCACAACAAUGCUUAGAACAUUAUGAAUAUUUACUUGAUGAAGCAGAAGGAAAAGUAUUUGAUAAAAAUAAAAAUCCAAGAAAUUUAAGACCAGGAGAAAUAGAUCCAGCACCUGAAACAAAACCUGCACGAGCAGAUCCUGUUGACAUGGAUGAAGAUGAGAAAGAAAUGCUUGCAGAAGCCAAAGCUAGACUUGCAAAUACAAAAGGUAAAAAAGCUAAAAGAAAAGCCAGAGAAAAACAAUUAGAACAAGCUAGAAGAUUAGCUUUACUACAAAAAAAAAGAGAAUUAAAAGCUGCUGGAAUUACUACUUUAAAUUAUAAAAAAAAGGAAAAAAAUAAAAUUGAUCAUGUUAAGGAAAUUUUAUUUGAAAGAAAGCCAAUAAAAGGUUUUUAUGAUGUAAGUGGAGAACAAAAUAUUGAAAGUAAUGAAAAUAAUAAGACUAAUAAAAAAAAAAGCAUAAAAUCCAUGGAAGUUGAACACAUAAAUGAAUCAUCAAAUAACGAAAAAAAAAAUGACAAAAAAUAUAAAAGAAAUAAUGAAGAAGAUAAUCUCUUAUCAACAAUAGAAAAUUAUGAUAAGCAAUUUAAUGAGUUAAGCCAUUUAAGAAAAAGAGUUAAAUUGAAUUUACCAGAACCUAUAUUAAACGAAAAUGAAUUAGAAGAGAUUAUUCAAAUAAACAAAGAAGCAAGUUCUUUUAAUGAAAUUAUCAAAGAUCAAAAUGAUGUACCUAUUAAUAAUAUAUUACCUAGUAUAACAAGUUCUCCUUUUAUAUUAAAUGAUAAAGAUAAAUUUUCAUCAGUUGAAACGAGCUUUUAUAAUAAAUCAAUAGCAUUUUCAAGUAAGUUAGAUUUAAGUGUACAAAAGGCCGCUCAAAAUUUAAUAUCAAGGAAUAUUAGCAUUCCUUUUAUAGGAAGUAACAACUUCAUAAAUAAUGAUGAUUCUGAAAAUAUAAAUAAUAUCAUUGAAAAUUCCUUAAAAAAUAAUGAAAUGAGUAUCAGUGAUAAUAUUAAACGAGUUAAAGAAGAAAUAGAAAAUUCCAAAAAUUUUAAUGAUGAAGAAAUAAGUAAAAAAGAAAAAGUAGCUAUUAAAAAUAAAAUUAUUAAUGAUAUAAAGAGUUAUAAAAAAAAUAUGAGUUUAUAUGCACAUUCCAUUAUAUCUUACAAGAAUUUAAAAAAUGAUAAUUCAGUUAUCGAUAACAAUACUUUAACAAGUGAAUAUUUUGAUGACAAUUACGAAGAAAAAAUAGAUAGAGCUAAAUUGCUUAUAAAAUCAUCAUUAGCUAAUUUACCAAAAGAAAGUAACGUUAUAGAAUUGCAAAUUCCUCAACAUGUUAGUGAAGAAGAUAAUCAUACUGAAGAGAUAAGUUUAGUCAAAGAUGUUCAAGAUAUUGAGAAUGAAAAAAAAAUGGAAGAAUAUAAAAGCGAGAGAGAAAAAUUAAAUAAACAAAAUAAAAUUAUUAAAUGGAAUUUACCUAGACCAUAUUUUUUAGAUAAAAUGAAUCUUUUUAGUAUAUCAGAAAAUUCUUUUAAAGAUGCAGAAGAAUUAAUACAAAAAGAGAUGACUUUAUUAAUUAAAAAUGAUAUGUUUAAUUAUCCUUUAAAAAAUGCAACUCCAAUUCAAAAUAUAGUUACAUUAAAUGAUAUUGAUAGCACUUAUAUAAAUUUAGCUUAUGAUUAUAUAAAUGCAGAAAUAGAAAAAGGUAAUAGUAAUAAAAAAUAUAUAAAUUUAUUAUCAGAAAGUUCUAAUAUGAACAAUUCUUUUAACAAAGAGAAAUGUGAUAAAUUAAAUGAGGUUAAUCAAUCAGAUGAAAAUAAAGGUUACUGCCACCAUAAUGAUGGUAAUAACUCUAAUUAUAUCAAUAAUGACAAUGAAAAUGAUGAAAUGAAGAAAUGUAUCAAUAAUGUAUCAAUUGAAAGUAAUGAAAAUGACUCAAAAAAAGUAAACGAGAAAAAUCAAAUACAUAAUAAUAAAUGUAAUAAAAAAAUAAAGGAAUAUGAAUUGUAUGAUUUUGAUAUAUGGAGAAAAAUAAAUGACAGUAUUAUUUUUUCUCCCUCAAAAAACUCAUAUGUAUUUGUAGAAAAUGUAAAUGAUCUUGAUUUAAAGGAAAGUUACAAAUUUCAAUGCGAAAAAUUAAAAAUUUUUAUUGAAAAAAAUAUAGAUAUGUAUAGAAAAUUAGAAAAGAAAUAUGAUGUUUAUACAAAGGGAUAUCAGUUAAAAAUCAAAAGCUAUAAAAAAUCUUUUGAUUCCUUUUUUAAUUCUUAUAUAAAUUAUAUAAAUGAAAAAGAUGCAUUAAAUUCUUUGCAUGAAAAAGAAAAGAAAUACGCCUUAGAAAGAAUUAAAGAAGAAAAAGAAGAAAACAAAAAAGAAAUAGAAUAUCAUAAAUCUCUACAAAAGUUAUAUUCAGAAUUACUAGAGAAUAAUAAGGAAUUAAAAGAAAAAUGUAAAACAAUAGUUACAUCUUAG